CUUGCAGAUUUACUCCUGUUGAAACUCCUUCCCCCGUCUCUCCUUCCUGGUGGCAGCCGUCUUUCUUCUCCGUUUGAAGCGUCUCGUUGGUGUGAGUCUAGCUGCCCACUUUCAGAAUGUGGGCUGGAGCCGUGUUUGAAGAGAACGGGACAGAGGAAGAGGGUGUGGUACCUGAGAGUUGGAUCAGCAAUGGAGAGGUAUUGUGGCCUAAUGGGGUCAAUGCCGCUAAAGCCAUCACAGAGCAAAAGAACCUGGGCAAGAGCUGGAGAAUGUUCAAGCUAAUCAAGAUUAAAACAUCAGGGACUCAAACAGAAUGUGAUCAGUACAACAUCAUAACCACUGCAGAAGUCAUUGAGGACAAACUGGAAAGUGGCAAAAGAAAAAUCCGAGAUAAUUUUGUCUCAGGUAUUAAACAGGGCCACUUCUUCCUUAAGUUUGUAAUUGAACACAUACAGAUUCAUGUCACAUUGCAAGUUUAUGCUCAAGCUGCUGAUGACAAUGAGGACUCUGGUUUUGAGAUUGAACAUCCACAGAAGGACUGCAGUACUGUGUGCCAAAUGGUUGAUGCUGACCUCCCCAAGCCUCCAAGCAAGGUAGCUCCAAGGAAUAGCCCGAGGUCCCCGCUCCCUAUGCAGUAUCAAGAGUCCUCCACUGAGCAUGCCACCAAGUCCAACAAGGGUUCUGGAAAAUAUCGAGAGGAGCAGAGUUCACCAUCUAGGAGUCCCAUGCAUUCCCAGAGAUCACGGUCAAGGUCCACCUCCCGCAGUCCAAGAAGGUCCUUUACUAAUGGUUCCAAAGAGUCCUCCAAUAGAGGUCCCGGGAAUUCAACCAAGAAGGGUUCUGGAAAUUCAUCCAGUAAGGGUUAUGGGAAGGACUCAAAGGUGACUUCAAGAAAUAGGUACAGGUCCCUACUGCCUCGGCGGUAUGGAGAGGAGUACAGGUCACCAUCUAGGAGUCCCAUGCAUUCCCAGAGAUCACGGGGAAGUUCCAUUUCCCACAGUUCCAGCGGAGAGUCUUUCGAGGGUCCUGAGUCUUCAAAAAGUUCCAGGAAGUCCUCAAAGGGUUCAGGAGAGUCCUCCAAGAUUUCUGGAAGGUUCUCCAGGCAACUCUUCAUGCACAUUCAUCACCCCAGGACAACUCAGAUAACUUUUCAAACACAGAAGCGAAAUUUCAGCUAAAAGUCCUUUACCUGCUGACCGACAUCCGCAACAACAUUUAGCAGCUGGGCCAAAGGUACGAGCCGGAGGACUCUUCCUUCCAUGUGCAGAAAUUGGAGACAGUGGGAGAACUACUCGACCUUGACGAGUUGAUAAAAACUCAACCAAGGAAGACAGAUUUGCUGAAAGCCAGGCUCUCAAAGAUUGGUGGAUAUGACUUAAAGAGCUGUUUAAGCACCAACAUGGACAGGCUCAUGACAAAUUAAUUAAUGUCCAAUCUGAACAUAAAGGAGAGAGGGGGGAAAACUGGCUUUGCCGAGACAAAGCUGCUCGAUGUAGUCACAGCUAGUGUCUUGGAUACCCAGAAGGGGACCGAAACGAUGGUCCAUGAUGCCAUAAAAAAUCAUUUCAAAUAUGCCCCAGGACAGAAGGGAGGAAUAGGAUGGGCAUCACAGGCUAAAUAAAUAAUAAUAUUGAUUGACAUCCUCGAUUUUCUUUGUACUUAAUUUUAAAUUUGCAUAAACAGGAUUCAUCCUGGAGCUAUAUAUAAACUAUGUUUUGUUGUCUUUAAUUAUAUUGAUAUAUUGGUUGAUAUUACGUUGAUAAUUGGUUGGUUGAUAUUGGGUUGAUCUUAGGUUGAAACUGAAAGUUGAAUCAACUUUGAAACAUUGACGUUGAUUCUACGUCGGUAUUUAAACGUUGAUCCAACUUUAAUAUUCAACCCAAAUCCAACGUUAUUUCAACACAGGAAAAUAAUGUUGUUUGACGUUGAUUAAAUGUCUCUGUG